UCUAUGUUUAAUUAUUUUAAUGUCGGGAAAUUGCCUGACAACAUUCAACAACAGUAGAGUCUACGGCUGCAGCAUGACGUUGUUGUUGUUUUUUUUCGCGCUCAUGCACACUCCUACCUUGGCAAGUCAUUUGAAUAUUUCAGUUUCAGAUUAAGUUCAGCAAAACUCUCUCUUCAAAUACACCAGGGCAUAAAAAUGCUUUUGAUAGUUACAGUCUUCAUCCCCAAAGUGAGGUCGUGAACGAAUAUGGGGUUAUCUUCCAAGCGCUGUCCGUGGUACUGAAGAUUCAGGAUUUUUCAUUUAGUGUGUUUGAUGGUAUCUGUACUAUGAUUCUACUGGACUCUGGUCAUUUGGGCAAUUUCUGCUUCACACCCUCCCGGUUAAACGUGUCUCGUAAAAACUCCAGGUGUGCCAAACAGAAAAAAACAUAGCAAUAUCAUAGAUAGAAGCAGGUAGGCUACUGGACAUGCUUUGGGUUUGGAUGAGUUGCCAAAACCAUUCUAUUUCUAAACACCUGCUCAGUGGCCGAAGUUAAACGACAUUAAAUUGUCACAUCCGUGCUUGGCAGUGAGCCUAAUACAAGACAAAUUCUGGCAUAUUGUUCGAAUGUAUUUACCAUGUUUGAUGUGUCUUUGAUUUUAGAUUUGCAUGAUAUAGCAAUGCUAUUAUAACACACAUUUAGCCUACAACGGAAUCUAGUAAACUGUAUCCUUAAGUUAAUAUUGCUUUCCAAUACUUGUUUGUUUGUUUGUUUAAAUUAUUUGGAUAUGUUUGGAUAUACAUUUGUUUUAGAUAUUGUUUGAGAUGCUUACAAAUUGAGUGUUCCACCAAAUCAAUUUUUAACCUUCGCACACUGAUGCGAUUUUGUAAGGUUACGAUCCAAAAAAAAACAUUUUCAGAAUCAAAUAAUUUUAAGAAUCAAAAACAAAACAAGAUAGCUUUGAUUUUGCUUUCGCCCAUAUUGUAAAACAUCGAAAACAAAACAUCCAGUUGGCAAACCAUAUAAUAAUCUAAUAGCAUAGGUAGCCUAAUCGCUACCUGAUGUUGCAAGAUCAUUGUGUAAUACACCUAUUCAUCAAUCAAAAUAGUCAGAUAAUAUUUGAAAUAAUUCGCAAAUUCUCUAUAUUAGGCUAUUUUGCACAGCGCAAAAAUGCUACUCGAUAGAUAUCACAUAGUCUAUUAUAUUUGCUAUUACGCUGCUUAUUUGCUAUUAAGCUGCUGCAGGUCGAUAGCACAGGGUGCUCCUUUUUAUAUGUGAAUGUAAUCUGAAAUGCAACAAUACAAAACUGAAUCUGAAUCCGAGGUGUCAUGACAUUUUACUUGUCUAGUCUCCCGGAUUUGGUAACAUUAUAUUUCACCCCUGGAUAAACGUGAAGACUAGGCCUAGCACCUAUUUAGUUUGGCACAUUUUUCUAAAUUGUCAUUGGAAAUGUUACAGAGCCAGUCUGACACAACACCUUAAAAUCACAUAAUUCCAGCGUUAAAAAUGAGCAUUGUGUCCUCCUGGUGGCAAUGGUAAGAAAUUGAAAUGUCUCUGUAUGCAGAUAACACUUAUGUAUUAAUUGGUGAGACCGAUAAGCGAGUCCGACGUUUUCGAAUGAAACGAGUUUUUUGCCACGUGCAAAUACUUUAAAUAAAGUAUGACUAUGAAAUAAAUUGGGCUGCAUGCUAGGCUAUUUAUUGUAGAUGUAUUUUUUAGGCCAACAUCUGUUCUGUUAAUUUACAUUUACGAAGUGAUAAUUGCUCAAUUAUGAACAUCUUUGUAAUUGAUUAGAAUCGUGCUAUGGUGUGUUUGUGAAACAGGAGACGAAAUGUUCCAAUUAUGAGUGGUAACAUGUUUUCCAUGGCUAUUGUGGCAUAUCAAAAACCUCGAAUUGCUUGAUAAAUGUAAAUACUGUAUAUUUAGUCCUCAUUCCAAGGUUUAAACUUUCACUGAAGUGUCCCUACCAACAUUUGCAUAUUGAAUGAUAGGCCCACAACACAGUAUCGACCCUAACAAGAGACACAACGGUUGAGGCACAUGUCAGAGUGUAAAUGCACGAUUUAAGUGGAUCCACCGAAGCACUAAUGUAACACUAGUGAAAAGUAAUGAAUGAACAUACAAAUGUUGAAGUGUGUUGAAGAUAUCAAGGUGAAUGAAAUAAAGUAGGUAUAACUGUGGCCUACUUUGCACUCAGUUCUCAAUGAAUGACUUAGUGUUGGGUCUUUUAGGUCAUCUCCUUGUAGGCUUACUGAACAUGGUAGAUAGUGGGAAAAUGACUGCCUUCUCAUGAAUUGAAGCGCAUGACGGGGGCUGUCCUUCACACCGACACUUGGGCAACCACGACUCUAUCUCUGCCCCUCUCUCGCCCUCUCUCUCUCCAACGUAAGCUUUAACUUGCGGCUCGCAGUGUUAUAAGUGGUGUGCGCGCCUCUUGGGUAGGAGAGAGAGAGAGAGAGAGAGAGAGAGAGAGAGAGAGAGAGGCAGAAAGCAGGACCGGGAGCUGCUCUUAAUAAUGAGACGCUUGAUUUGAUUUGCGACCAGUCGGAGAUCCAUCGUACGUCUGAUGUGGAAAACGUUGUCAAAGCUUUUGAAUUGAUCUUUAAAGUAUAUCCAGACAACACAAUAUUACAAGGAAUAUCUUCUGUUGGGUUCACCUCUCGACAAGAACGUGAAAGUCCGCGCAGUCAGUUUUUCCUAGAAGGCGUUUAAGUUGUUCUCCAUCCACUCUAUUGGGCAACAGAGUCCCAUCAAGAUAAGCCUGAUAUUCCCUGGAUAUAGGCUACGCAUACGACGAUCACAGAGUUGACAUUUUUCAGAACAAACUAAUACCUACUAGGUUUUGAGAUGGGCAUGCAAGGCAUGGUUGAGCACUUCAUUCGGUUGUCUCCAAGGAAUAUCCUACUGGUGGCACUGACUCUCCUAGCUGCUUAUCACCUGUGGCUUUUGAUGCAGAAAUGGCUCAAUACCGGGAAUCUGCCGGGACCUUUCCCGUGGCCAAUUAUCGGUAAUGCGCCCCAGCUGGGCAGCACCCCUCACCUGUUCUUCACCCGCAUGGCGCAGAAAUACGGUAAUAUUUUCCAAAUUAAGCUCGGAAGCCGCACCGUUGUGGUACUCAACGGCGACACGAUCAAGGAAGCUCUCGUAAAGAAGGGGGUAGACUUCGCGGGAAGACCUGACUUCACAUCCUUCAAGUUUGUUUCCAACGGCAAGAGCAUGGCUUUUGGAGAUUAUAACAAAUGGUGGAGGGUGCACAGACGAGUGGCGCAUUCUACAGUGCGCGCUUUCUCCGCAGGGAAAAUAGAAACUAAGAAGGCAUUUGAAAACCACGCCAUUAGCGAAAUAGAAGAAUUGCUCAGGGUUUUUCUGAAGAAAACCGCGGAGGAGGGUUAUUUUGUGCCACAUCAAUAUCUAGUAAUAUCUACGGCGAACAUCAUGAGUGCAGUUUGCUUUGGCGGCAGGUAUACAUAUGAUGACAAAGAGUUUCAACAGGUGGUGGGACGCAAUGACAAGUUUACUAGGACUGUCGGGGCUGGGAGCAUGGUGGACGUGAUGCCCUGGCUACAGUACUUUCCUAAUCCAAUAAAAACUCUUUUUGAACAAUUCAGAGAACUGAAUUCAGAAUUUCAUGACUUCAUCAUGGGGAAAGUUAUAGAGCAUCGUAAAACUAUAGAGCCUGGCAUCAUCCGUGACAUGACCGAUGCUUGCAUUCAGGCACUGGACAAGGGCAUCAGCGGCUCCGUUGGGGUAGAACUGGGCAAAGAUUAUGUGUCGCCAACUAUUUCUGAUAUCUUCGGGGCAAGCCAAGACACGCUUUCUACUUCAUUACAAUGGAUUACUUUAAUACUCAUGAGGUAUCCAGAGAUACAGAAGCGCUUGCAAGAUGAAGUGGCCCAGGUGGUCCAUCGCACACAGUUGCCCACCAUUGAGGAUCAGGCCCGACUGCCCUAUGUGAUGGCCUUCAUCUAUGAGGUAAUGCGCUUCACCAGUUUCAUCCCCCUCACCAUCCCUCACAGCACCACGUCAGAUACAUCCCUAAAUGGCUACCAUAUCCCCAAGAACACGGUCGUCUUCGUCAACCAGUGGUCCAGCAACCAUGACCCGGACAAGUGGACACAACCUGAGGUUUUUGACCCCCUGCGCUUCCUGGACAAGAAUGGCGCUCUGGACAAGGACCGGACGAGCAGUGUCCUUAUCUUCUCUGUGGGCAAGCGACGCUGCAUCGGCGAGGACCUGUCCAGGAUGCAUCUCUUCCUGUUCACAGCUGCGAUGGUACACCAGUGCGAGUUCAAACCCGACCCAAGUUGCCCCUUAACGAUGGACUGUGAUUACGGCUUGAGUUUGAAGCCCCGCUUGUACCGAAUGGCCGUCUCUCUUCGGGACAACCUGGACCUACUGAACAGCGUGGGACUUCCGCAGGCCGACCAACCCGCAGAAAACAACUGAACAAAAAGUAAAACACAUUUUAUGUAAAAUAAAUGAAGGAUGUUUACAACAGGCUGACAAGGAACACAUGCAAAUGUGGGAACAUAUGGCCCAGGCCUAUUUUUAAUAAAAUGAGCACAAAUGGAUAGACAUUAAGACACUUUUCUAUAUAUUUCAAUAUCCAUAACAGCGCCAUAUCAAUGAAGGACUGUAGAAAUAGAAAUCACCUCAAUGGAUGUUUCAAAAAACUGUCAACUACUAGCAAAAGCAUAUUUUCUAGUGUCAAGAGGACAUGGAUGAGACAUCUAGACAAUGUGGGGUUCAAGGAGAUCACACUUGACUUGUCCUAAACUCUUGUGAAGACAUUUUCAGGGUUUUGAUUUGGUUAAUGAUCAACUCACUAUUCCAUGCUGUCAGUCGGCUGUUACACUUCAAGACCAACACAUUUUAAAUGGAAAAAGAAUGUAUAGGAUGUACUGUAAUGUAUAGUAUAUACUGUAUUGUUAAAGCAACUGACUGGUUUCUAUUCAAAUGACUACACUCAUUUAGAUAAUUCUCCAUGCAUAUCUUCAGCCUUAAUUGAUUUGUUUAGUUAGGCACAAACAUUUAACAUGUAUAAUAUACCACAUUAUAGAUGUACUAUAUUAUGGAUAGUAUAUAAUGUCAAUGUGCUUUUGAGGGUGUAAGGCAAGCAACCAUCUUUUUUUCCUCUUCUCCCAAUCACCAGUGCUCAUCUAGGGAAACGUAUAGAUAGACUGUCUCAGGGUUUAAUAAAUAUGUAUAUUCAGAAUUGAAUGGUUGUAGACCUACAUUCUGCCAUAGCAGUAUAGAAUUGUAAUAGGCAAAUGAUCUAUGUUAGAUCUGUAUGUUUUCUAUAUUUAACACAGAUCAAUCAUGGAAAUAUUCCUGGAUCAUAUAAAAUUAUAUAUAUAUAUAUAUAUAUAUAUAUAUAUAUAUAUAUAUAUAUAUAUAUAUAUAUAUAUAUAUAUAUAUAUAUAUAUAUAUAUUAUACUGUGUUUGUAACUAAACAUAAUUUGUACUAUAAGCUUGACCAACCAUAUCGCUGCUCUUUUCUGUUCUGCACUGUACAGUACGAUUCAAACUGAUUAUUCCUCAAUUAUCUCACAUUUUCUCUUGUCUUCUAAAAAUGAUGAGGUUGACAACACCAGAAUUCCUGCUAAUACUUACACUGUAAUAUUUAAUAUAUGUAUGUAUAUAUAUAUAUAUAUAUGUAUGUGUAUAUUUUUUUUGCAAUGACAUAAAACAUAUAAUAAAUUUGCAGCUAAACAUGA